AUGGAGCGUCGUUUUACAAUACUGUUCCUGUUAUUGAGCCAUGUGCUCACUGCAUUUGCGGCGCAUGCCAAACGCGAACUGACUCUGACCUGGGAAGAAGGUGCCCCAAAUGGCCAAAGUCGCCAUAUGAUCAGGACAAAUGGCCAGUUUCCGUCGCCUACUUUGAUUUUCGACGAGGGCGACGAUGUGGAGAUCGUCGUCCACAAUCAUAUGCACCAGAACACCACAAUCCAUUGGCAUGGAAUCCUGAUGCAAGAUACCCCGUGGUCCGAUGGCGUUCCCGGUCUGAGCCAAGCGCCUAUUGAGCCCGGCGAGAGCUAUAUCUAUCGCUUCACUGCAUAUCCUCCCGGUCAAUACUGGUACCAUUCGCAUUCGCGAGCCACGUUGUUGGAUGGUCUCUACGGGGCGCUCUUUAUUAGACGGAAGCCAGGAACUCCAGGACCGUGGGCAAUGAUCAGCGAAGAUCCAGUGGAGAUCCAAGCCAUGGAACGCGCUGCCAAUGAUCCCCGGAUUAUCAUGCUCUCAGACUGGGAUUACUACAACUCAUCCCAAUACAAAGAGGCUGACGCAAACAGCCAUCUCCAGAUAUUCUGUGUCGAUAGUAUUUUGAUCAACGGAAAGGGGAGCGUUUAUUGCCCGGGCCAUCAGUGGCUCAUUGACAAGCAAAUUCCGUUUAUGCUCAGAAGCUGGCCAAAUGAUACCAUCACUGACAAAGGCUGUUUUCCAUUCGUUCCUUCCACUGAAGGCCCGUGGCUCAAGGACGGCAACGUCUCUGCCAUUCCUCCAGGGUUACAAGAGGGCUGCGUUCCCUACACCGGUCCUACCGAAAUCAUCGAGGUCGAUGCCCGCGAUCGAUGGGUCAGUAUCAACUGGAUUGGAGGCUCGACGUUCAAAACCCUGCAGCCCACGAUAGACGAGCACGAGAUGUGGAUCUACGAGGUUGAUGGCCAUUACAUCGAACCACGCCGUGCAGAUACGUUCCUAAUUUGGGCCGGGGAGCGAUACUCGGCUCUGGUCCGGCUCGACAAGAAACCAAUGGACUACUCCAUCCGCGUGCCUGACGGUGGCUACUCGCAGAUGAUCACAGCUUUUGGGAUUUUACGGUACAAGAACGGGGACCCGGACGCUCGCCGGCCUCCUGAUCGGUUCGGCGUCACGACAAUCUCGCAGCCCUAUUUCGGCUACAACGCCUGGCCCACACGUGACGGGAUCGUCUUUCUGGACAAACUCGACCUGCCGCCCUGGCCGCCAAAGGUUCCCUUCACCGGCGAUGGCGACGCAAUGCACGUCCUGUACCUUGGCAAAGCCAACUCGACCUGGGAAUUCACUCUGAGUGGCAAGAAGAAGUACCCCUCGGACCGGUCGGCGUACCAACCUCUGCUAUACAAUGUCAACUCUCCGGAGGCCCGCGAUGACGAUCUGAUCAUCCGCACUCAAAAUGGGACCUGGCAGGAUAUCGUCCUCCAGGUGGGUCACUCGCCGCUCUGGCCGGUUGACUUCCCGCACGUCGUGCACAAGCACGCCAAUAAGUUCUGGCGACUGGGUUCUGGUCAGGGACUCUGGAACUACUCCUCCGUCGCCGAGGCAGUCGCUGAUCACCCAGAGAACUUCAAUCUGGUCAACCCACCCUACCGGGAUACCUUCCUGACAGAAUUUACAGGAACGAUGUGGGUGGUCCUGCGGUACCAGGUGACUUGUCCGGGAGCGUGGUUGCUGCACUGUCACUUUGAGAUGCAUCUCGACAACGGCAUGGCCAUGGCCAUUCUGGACGGAGUGGACAAGUGGCCCGAAGUGCCGGAUGAGUAUGCCCUGGGCUCCCAUGGAUUCCGUGUGGAGGAAAAGAGUGAGCUGCAGAACACUUUCCUCCAGCAGGUCAUUGGCUGGCUAGUCAGCCAGGUGUCUGCGUGGCUGUUGGGGGCUGCAAUUGUAGCAUCCUGUAUAGCAGUUUGGGCUGUUGUCCGACUCAGAAGAUGGAGAAAGGAGAGGCAAGCGAUCACGAUCAACUAUAGUCCAUUAGCAUCCGGGCCCAUGGUUAGUCAAGAUGACAAGGACGGGCUGUUGUCAUUUAUCAGCCAUCCUUAG